AAUCUAAGUUGUGAGACUCUACAUACUCAUACUUCUAUUCACAUCGACAAGAUGAUGCUCCGAGUUUUAGUAUUCACCUCCCUUGUUGCUUUGUCAAUUGCUCAAUUGACAUCUUCAUGCCCAUCCUGCAACACCAACUCGAAUUAUGGUACCUCAUCUGGAUCAUCAUCAUACAAUACGAACGGAGUUCAACGUGACUCAACUGAUGGCUCAUCGAACAAUCAACCAGGCUAUCUUCCCGAUUAUCAAGGCGAUCGAUACACUGAUCCUCAACGAAUUGCUGAAACUCAAGCUCUGAACAAAGCCUUCUUCGACUCAAUUGGAGGAGCUCCAUCCCCACCACCAUUGACCCCAGCUCAACAAGGAAUGAAUGGAUCUUCUUCUUCUACCGGUGCUCCCUCAACAACAUAUUCUCCAACGUCAACCUAUGGAUACUCAUCUCAAAACUACAAUCCAUCAUCUGCCUCAUCUUCAAAUGUCUACAGAAACCCAUCCACUUCAUAUGGAAAUACUCAACAAUCGAAUCAAAACUAUGUUGCUUAUGAUACAACCAACCAGAACUCACCAUAUUAUUACCAAAGAGUUCCAUCAACUGCUCAAUACAACUCUGUUCUUGGAGUUAACGCCGGCUUCCCACAAUCAUCGAAUCAAAACCAAGUUCUUAGAGAUCAAAGUAAUAAUCAAGGAUACAUGAACAACAAUCAAGGAAUGUACAACACCCAAACAACUCAAGGAUACGGUAACAAUCAAGGAUCAUAUCAGAAUCAGAUGAUGUACAACAACAACAAUCCACAAAAUACUCAGACCACCACAUUCUUGUAUGCAAGCAGUAUUCAACCACAACAGCAGCAACAGCAGCAACAAUACAACAAUCAAUAUAAUAAUCAACAAAUGAAUUCAAACGGAUACAAUAACCAACCGAUGUACGAUCAAAGCUACAGUACCCAACAAUACGGUAGCAGUACUCCAUCUCCACAAUACUCAGCCGAUUCGAUUUCCUGUUGCUCACAAGUCAGCUCAACGUGCUGCUAUCAAACUCAACAAGGAUACAAUACCCCAUCGAACAAUGUUCAGUACUCUCCAUCAGUCUAUCAGUAUGGACGAAAGUAAUAAUUUCUCCAAUUUCUUGUACAUUUUCUCACUUGCCACAUUUGCACUGUCAGAUUGUAUAGAUUACUCAGAAUAAACAGAUUGUAUCAG